CCAUGCCGCAGCUUCAUACAUUGGCUAUAUAUAUGAUGAUGAUCCUGUAGUGAGGAAAGAUAAGUGGAAACAUUCAGAUUGGAUGGUUUGAUUAUAAUCAAUAUGGGUAGGGCUCCUUGCUGUUCCAAAGAUGCAGACCUCAAUCGUGGGGCCUGGACUGCUGAGGAAGAUAUGAUCUUGAGUGAAUACAUAGCAAUUCAUGGCGAUGGUGGAUGGAGAUCUCUCCCACAAAAAGCAGGGCUCAAGCGAUGUGGCAAGAGUUGCAGAUUGCGUUGGUUGAAUUAUCUCCAUCCUCAUAUUAAUCGUGGAAACAUUUCUCAAGACGAAGAGGAGCUCAUUAUUAGAAUGCAUGGACUCCUUGGCAACCGGUGGUCACUGAUAGCUGGUCGACUACCUGGUCGGACAGACAACCAAAUCAAGAAUUACUGGAACACUCGUCUGAGCAAGAAGCUGCACAACAAUGGGUCUACUGCAAACAAAACAGAAAAACUGAACACCAAAUUCAAAUCUCCAUCUUGCCCAGAGGAUCAAAAUAUGUCAGAAGUCAUUCCUGUGAAAGCAACUGCAGUGAGAGUUGCAAAAGGCCUCAGCAAUCAAGGCUUCAUGAUUGAUUCACAAGUCAUAAGGGACUCCAACUCAUGGCAUGAUUUGCUGGUGGAUGAAUCGACUACAGACCAUGAUCUACAAUUUGUCGGCUACAAAUUUGCUGAUUCUUCCCUGGAAAUCAAUGGACAAAGUUCUUCAGAUUCUCUUGGGUUACUGAAUUCUCCUGACUGUAAUCUAUUCUCUCCAGUUCAUUUUUCCAUGAAUUUCAGAGUGGAAGAGUUCAAAGAGGGUAUGAUGAAUGUUCUGAAACAAGAACAUGAUGAUCUUGAGAGUAACGUGCAACAACAAUGGAGUUUUACAGUAUGUGAUGAGCAAGGGAUUGAAGAAAUAUACAAUAACUGCUGGGUGGGUGAAUUUUAAAGGUUACAGAUGGAAACCCACAAAUUAGUUGGUUUCUUAAUAAAUGAUUUUACGCAAGUAGAAAAUCCACACCUGCAGAGAGUUUUUAGGUCAAUGAAUUUUGAUGCUUGUUGUGGUGCAAUUUUUGAAAUGGAAAUUGUAUUGACUUCGAUUAUAAGCUUCCUUAACAAAUUAGGCUAAGCUACAUAUGACAAGGGACGUCUCAAAUACCUCACAAAGUUUUGAGUGAGUCAAGUUACAAUAUAGUAAUGUUGUUUAAAGCUUUAAAUCCAUCA